AAUGGACUUCGCCAUAUUUUAGAUUAGACGUGAAAUGUUGGAAAAGUGUUUAUCAAAAAAUCGAUUAGUUCUUUGACAAUUUAAAAAGAAUCGGCCAUUCUAGAGCAUGAGAGUAAGCAUAUUUAAUGUACAAUUCAACCUGACAUCAUGACAUUGUAAUUUUUGAAAUUAUAAAUAGCAAAGUAAUAAUUGCAGUUCCGGUUCUUACCAAAAAUGCCUAAUUGUGGUUUUAAUACUUGCUUGUUUACAUUGUGCUCAACUUGAUGAUAUUGAAGAUCAAUAUCCAUGUGAAUGAAAUUUUAAAAUAUCCUGGAAUAUGUUGUGCUUUUGAAAUAUUUUCAAAACAUUAAUUAUCUGUGAUUAUGUCUGGCCGGCCUCCUGAAGAACUGGCCGCCGAGCUAGAUUCUGUUUUUCUUUCAUGCACUCCUAAGAAAGAUCCCAAAUCUAUCUCAGUGGAAACUCUUGUGGAUUCUUUAAUUGUUUUGUAUGAUGAAUGCUGUAAUUCAUCUCUUAGACGGGAGAAGACGGUAUCUAGUUUUAUUGAAUAUGCAAAACCUGUUGUAGAACGGAUAAAGAAGUUACGGUUGAAUCGAGAUGACUUUGAAGUUUUAAAGGUCAUCGGAAGAGGAGCUUUUGGUGAUGUUGCUGUUGUGAAACAUAAAGUCACUACAAAAGUCUAUGCAAUGAAAAUCUUAAACAAAUGGGAAAUGUUGAAAAGAGCAGAGACUGCCUGCUUUCAAGAAGAAAGAGAUGUCUUAGUGUAUGGUGAUAAAAGGUGGAUUACCAACCUCUAUUAUGCUUUUCAAGAUGAUAGUAAUCUGUAUUUUCUUAUGGAUUACUAUUGUGGUGGUGAUCUUUUAACUCUUUUGAGUAAAUUUGAUGAUCGCUUGCCAGAAGAUAUGGCAAAAUUUUACAUCGUUGAAAUGAUUCUGGCAAUUUCUUCCAUACACAAACUGGGUUAUGUGCAUCGUGACAUCAAACCUGACAAUGUUCUUCUAGAUGCAUCUGGACACAUUAGAUUGGCUGACUUUGGAUCUUGUUUGAAACUGCUGGAAGAUGGUUCAGUUCAGUCAAAUGUUGCUGUUGGAACACCUGAUUAUAUAUCACCUGAAAUAUUAAGGGCAAUGGAAGAUGGUCAAGGGAAAUAUGGUCCAGAAUGUGAUUGGUGGUCAUUAGGAGUUUGCAUGUAUGAAAUGUUAAUUGGUGAAACUCCAUUUUAUGCAGAAUCAUUAGUAGAAACAUAUGGAAAAAUUAUGAAUCAUAAGAACUGUUUUGAUUUUCCCGAUGAUCCUCAGAUUGUUAUAUCAGAUGAUGCUAAAGACUUGAUGAGGAGAUUAAUUUGUUCAUCCGAAUGUAGAUUAGGACAAAAUGGUUUAGAAGAUUUUAAAAAUCACCCAUGGUUUAUUGGAGUAGAUUGGGAACAAGCAAGAGAUUCUCCCGCACCUUACAUUCCGGAAGUCAGCAGUCCUACUGAUACAUCAAAUUUUGAUGUAGAUGAAAGUGAUUUGAAACAAUCUGAUUCAUCACCACCAACAACGAAUAGUGUAUUCUCUGCCUUGCACUUACCAUUUAUUGGCUUUACUUACACAAGUGGAUGCAAAAUUUCAGAUUUAGGUUUCUUCAAAAUGGCCAAUACUGUCUGUGAUAUAAUUGAUGGAGUUCCAAACACUCUUUUAGAACAAAAAUUAGAAGAUUUGGAAAAAGAAAAAAGUGACCUUGUUAAAAAAGUGAAAGAAAUGUCCAAUAAUGUCCAGAAAACAUAUAGUGAUUAUGAUAGUAUUAAAGGAAGUUCUGAGAAUGAAGUGAGAAAACUUCAAGAUGAAAUAAACACUCUGAAGAAAAAAUCACUAGAAUUAGAAAAAGAACUGAAGAAACAUCAGACUGAUCAUCGUAGGAUUUUAACUGCUAAACAAGAUUUAGAAUCUAGCCAAGAUGAAAAAACUGCUCAAAUCAAGGAGCUUGAAAAAGCCCUGAAAUCACUAAAAGUAGAAAAAGACGAGUUACAUAAAGAAGUGAUAGAAUCUCAGGAAAAACUCAAAUUGCAAUCAAAAGAGUUGAAAGAUGCACUAACACAAAAGAAAUCUGCAAUGGCUGAAUAUACAGAAAUUAGUGACAAGCUUUCAGAAGUAAGAGCUCAAAAACAAAAGCUCUCUCGCCAGUUACGAGAUAAAGAAGAAGAAUUGGAAAAUGCGAUGCAGAAGAUUGAUGCCUUUCGACAAGAUAUGAGGAAAGCUGACAAGUUACGAAGAGAUCUUGAAAUUAGACUUGAAGAUCACAAGUCUGACUUAUUGAAAGAACAGAGAGUACGAGAAAGAGCCGAAGAAAAUGUGCGUCGUCUUGAGUCUGAAGUUGAGGCUCUAAAGCGAAGGCAUGUUGGAAGAGCUUUUUCUCCAGAACAAUCCGAUAGUACUCAGGAAUUGAAUAGGUUAAAAAUGGAACUUGAAAACUUAACCACACAGCAUAAAGAAACUAUUGUCCAGUUGCAGCAGAGGCAUACAGCUGAAAUAGCUGCAUUGAAUGAGCAGUUGCAGGAAGCUGAAUUAUCUAAAUCCAGAGCUGAAAAAGAAGUUGCUUUCUUUAAGGACAAAGUAGAACAAGUUCGAUCUGAAAUUUCAGCAGAACAUCAAGAACUCUUAAAUGAAAUCAAACGAGUUCAUGAACGGGACAAGGCAAUUUUACAAGAUGAACUGAAGAAAAUGAGUUUAGACCUUGAAAAGUAUGUAAAAGCUUUAAAUAAGGUAGAAGAAGAAAAGAGGCGCCUUGAGAAUGAUUUUGUGCUUAUAAAGGACAAAAAAGAUUCCAUCAAUCAGUGGGAAGCUCAAAUUAGUGAAAUUAUUCAAUGGGUAAGUGAUGAGAAAGAUGCAAGAGGAUACCUGCAAGCAUUGGCUUCAAAGAUGACUGAAGAAUUAGAUGCUUUGAAAAUGACUGGUGUUCCUCCUACCUCUACAGUUGAGAAGAACUGGAGAAAUAGGAGAUCGCAGAAACUUGAUAAAAUGGAAUUGCUAAAUCUUCAGUCCAGUCUUCAGAGUGAAAUCCAAGCCAAGCAAGCAAUAAGUCAAGAGCUUAGUAAAGUCAGAGCAGAUCUUGUUGCUGAGCAAAAGGAGCAUAAGGAUUGUCUUCAAAAGAUUGAAAUCUUGAAACGAGAUAUUAUGAAAAAGGAUGCUCAAAUAAAAGAAUUGCAACAUCGAAUUGAAUCUGGUGACAGCUCUGCUGAUGUUGCAGAGAUUCAAUGUCCAAAUGGAGACAGUGAUCCAAAACUUUUAAUUGAUGUCCUCGAUCGGCCUCCAUCAAGAAUGUCUUUUCUUGAUGAGUUCCUGAAGAAUACUUCACAGCGAUUAGCUCACAGUGACAGUGGAGAAUCAGCAGGGGCUGGUGAUGAAGCUGAUGUCGAGGAUAAUCAACCAGCUUCCGGCGGGAGCAAUAAGUCUACUGCCUCUGAAGCUAGUGCCGACAACUUCACCUUUUCACCUGUGAUAGACUCUAGGCCUGUUAUUAGUUUGCUGAGUCCAAAGCCAAAGGCACAUCAAUUCUUAAUCAGAACAUUUCCAUCCCCAAUCAAAUGUAAUCAUUGUACUUCACUUAUGAUUGGCUUGUGCAGGCAAGGUGUAGUUUGUGAAGUCUGUGGUUUUGCCUGCCAUGUAACAUGCCAGGAAAAAGUUCCUGCUGUCUGUCCAGUACCUUCUGAUCAAAUAAAAAGACCUGUUGGCAUUGAUCCAACCAGGGGUAUUGGUACAGCUUAUGAAGGUUAUGUUAAGGUUCCUAAACCUGGUGGCGUUAAAAAAGGCUGGAUGAGGCAAUUUGUAGUUGUCUGCGAUUUUAAAUUAUUUCUGUAUGACCUAGCUCAAGAUAAAAGUACACAGCCCAAUACUUGGAUAUCACAAGUUUUGGAUAUGAGGGAUGAAGAAUUCUCCGUAAGCUCUGUUUUAGAAUCUGAUGUUAUUCAUGCCAAUAAAAAGGAUAUUCCAUGCAUAUUUAGGGUUACGACAUCCAUGUUGAAUCCUCCAGGUAUUAAAAAUCACACUUUAAUGCUAGUGGAAAAGGAAAGUGAAAAAAGCAAGUGGGUAGACGCAUUGAAUGAGCUUCACCGGAUUUUGCGCAGAAACAAACUGGCAUCAAAAACAGUAUUCCAAGCAAAAGAAAUACUUGAUAAUACUCUUACCUUAAUUAAAAGUACUGCUUGUGCUGCUGUCAUAGAUCCAGAAAGAAUAGUAUUGGGAACAGAAGAAGGCCUAUAUUGUGUUGAUUUAGAUAGAGAAGAAAUUGCUCGUAUUGGAGAUGGGAAGAAAGUAUGGCAGUUAGAAUAUAUUGCUGAAGAACAAUUAUUACUUGCUGUUGCUGGUAAACAACGUUUCUUGAGGCUGAUUCCUGUUGGUGCUCUCGAUGGUCAGGAUGUAGAGUGGACCAAAGUGCCUGACACCAAAGGCUGCAUUACUUUCUGCACAAUGUGUAUAAAUAAUGGAAACUCAUCUCUAUAUUUGUUUUGUACAGCAAUCAAGAAACAGGUAUUAGUUUAUGAAGUAAAUCGAACAAAAGGCAGGCAUCAUCGAAGAAAAGAGAUUUGCCUUCCAGUUCCUGCUCAGACUUUGGAUGUCAUUGGCAAUAGACUUUGUGUGGGUCUACCUUCAGCAUUUCAUUUGUAUUCUGUAUUAGAUGACAGUCCUCCAAUAUCUCUCGUGAAUACAGACUGCAAUGAAUUAUCAUUCUUUUCACAUAACCUCAUGGAUCCUUUUCUUGCUGUAGAAUUACAAAACAAUGAAUAUCUUCUAGUAUUUUCUCAAUUGGGUAUUUAUGUUGAUGGAUUUGGCAGGAAAAGUAGGGAAAAGGAACUUAUGUUUCCAGCUCCACCAGAAGCAGUUAGUUAUACUGAUGGCUACCUGAAUGUAUAUACUGAUACACAUGUUGACAUAUUCGAUGUUUCAUCUGGUGAAUGGUUGCAGACUUUAAAUGUAAAAAAAACAAAACCUUUGUGUCGAAACGGAACCCUGUGCUUCUCUCUAGCCACUGACUUGCCACAUGUAAUAUACCUCCACAAUGUUUUGCAUCGCUCCAACAGAGUGUGUGUCCCCGAAACCUCAUCUCAUCCCGUGAAAAGCAGGCAAACAAAAGCUAUGUUGAACAGAGUGAGGAGGAGGUUUUCAGUGAGGGAACCAGAUAAGGCUUCAAAGGGGAAGGCUUUCACUCUUGGUAGUUCUGAUGUAAAGAAAACACAAUUGAGAAAUGUUGAUAGGCGAUCACGGCUUAUAUCUGGUCCUACAAAUUUCAAUCAUAUUUCACAUAUGGGACCUGGUGUUGGCAUUCAGCUGCAAAAAUUAGUAGAUUUGCCUCAGUACAAGCAAAACUCUUUGCCUCAGGAUGAAAAGAACAAAAGUUUGUUCUUAUCAGGGAAGUUAUCCAACCGCCCUGUUGGUUCCAUGCCUGUAAUAUCUCCUGAUGGCUCUGUUUCAUCACAAGAGCAUUCUUCUAGUUUUUACACAGCUGGAUCUGGUCAGAGUUUGUCUGGAACUCGUGAUGCUGCUUUAGAUCAAUCACCUCGAAAUUCUAUAGCAUCAAACAACAGUUCACUUCUCAGUUCACCUCCCAGCCCUCAAACCAAAAGGGGUGAAGAGAAAGAUCCAGGAUCAUCUAGCUGUGAAUCUUAAGUUUUUGCAGUACAUCAUGUGGGCUGGAAAAAAUCUAUGUGCCUCGCUUUUCUUCGUGUAAAAAGCUAGGCAAUCACAUUUCAUUAUGUGGAAUUCAAGGAAAAAAUAUUUUACUUAUUUUCAACAAACUGUAAUGCUUUUAAUUUGAUAACCUUUUCACUGCCUUAUUUUUCAAGGGGUGAUACUGAAGUUAGUUGUACCUUGCAUACAAAAGUGUUUACGUGUUUCUACGUAAAAGUGCCACGUUACAAUCAUUUUUUUAAUAUACUUAGGAGAAUUGUGUGUGAGAAAGGAUUAAUAUUUGGAAGAAAUUUUCUUUUGUGCAGUAUGAAGUGAUGAAAGUACAGAUUUUGAAGUAAAGGCAUUACCAUCUGUUAUUUAGGAUGGCUUGCAUUUUCUUAAUCAUUUAUAAGAACUGCUAUUACUCUGUCCUCUACUUAAAUUGCACAUUUUUCUGUAUAUGCAAAAAUGGAAUAAAAUCCGUGUAAACAAGUGAGAGAACUAUUUACCGUAAAAGCAAUCCUUUGAUAAUUUUUUUAAAUGUCUAUAAUUUUUCUUUCUUUUUUUAAUUUUCUACAUUUAUAGGUGCGCUUUUCUAAAUGAACAUGUUUUAUAUUGUAUGAGAGUAUUUUACUCAUCAGAAUAUGCAUAGAUCUUCCAUUCAAACAAUAGAACACUAAUUUGUUAAAUUUUCUGUGUUAAAGUAUAAUCUUUAUCACAUGGUAUGGGGAAAAUGUGACUACACAGCUUCUUCACAGACUUGAAUCGAGAUCCACAAAUGGGUCUCCGAACUUUUACUUAAAGCGUCUUGAACUAUGAGAUGCUAAACACUAGUCUAUAUUUUAUAUACCUUAGUAGACGUUGUGUAACACAAUGCGUCAUUACGUGUGUGCAUUGCGUUGUUCCUAGUCUUUGUCGCUGCUUUUCUAUUUUGUAACAGCACAAUGUAUUCAUUUCAUAAAAUUUAUAUUGUAUUAUUAUUAGAAAGUAUCAUAAUUUCUUGUUUUUCAAAUAAAAAUAAUUCUUUUUUA